UGGCGUUUCCUGUCAGUGUUUGUAAACUGAGAAAAAAUUGGAAGUGCGACAAGAAUUAAUAACCAACAAAACUCUAAAAAACGAAAGGCUUUGGCCCCUGAUGAUUUGGGUGUUUGUGGUCUCUUCUGUUACCCCUCAUCCUAAGUGAAGCCCCCUCUGUUCCCCCAAACACACACGCAUUCAAACCACGGCGAUGACACACCAUUCCAACAACUCUGUUCGAGACCAUAUGAAGUGGGCUGGGUUGCUGGGCUGUGAGGCGGUGCUGUCCAGCAUGGCCCUGAUGCAAGCCAACAACAUCCCAGGCCAGAAGAGGAUGAUGUCAUCCUUGGGUCAAGGGCACAGGGCCAGUCCUGAGAGCCACCAGACCCACUCGCAGCACAGUCACAACCACCAUGGACACCAGGUUCACCAUGGACAACCCCACCACAGCCACAUGGGCCAGCCUUCAACUGGGAGCUGUCCGCCCCUGCUGAUCCGAAAAGAUGGAGAUUAUCACUCAUCAAGACUGAUGGAUGGAAAGGAUGCAAACCAGAACAUGCAACCCAAGAAGAAGCACAAAAAAUCAGGGUCAUCCAGCAAAGUAAAAGAGAAAGUUGAGCAUCUACUUUCACCAAUGGAUAUGGACGAUGAUGACAGCUCCUUGAAAGUCCAGAAGAACUUCAUCUGUGACCACUGCUAUGGAGCUUUCAGGAGUAGCUACCACCUUAAACGACACAUACUUACACAUACAGGAGAGAAGCCAUUCGCUUGUGACGCAUGUGACAUGCGGUUCAUUCAGCGUUACCACCUGGACAGACACAAGAGGGUGCACAGCGGAGAGAAGCCGUACCAGUGUGAUCGCUGCCAUCAGAACUUCUCACGGACAGACAGGCUGCUGAGACAUCGACGUCUAUGUACAGUUGGGAUGUGCAAAGAGGAAAGCUACUCGCAGGACGCAUCUGCCCAUCCAGCAUCCUGGAGCCCCUUACAGCCUUCCAACAACCGUCUGACUGUGUGACCCUCAGAGAGAUCCCCAGAGAGACCCUACAGACAGCAGCAGUCUGAGGCUCGAUAACGUCGCUCAUUGGAGCUCACUAGUACUGUACCCUGAAAACAGCCCAGCUUAAACACAUCCGAACUUUACCCUGCUCCUGCUGGUUCUUCCACAGAGCUUGAUAAAGGAUUUUUGUAGUUUUUUUUAAUCUAAUGUUCUACCCAUAAUACAGGCAAAAGGAGAAGGACUAAUUCACAAUUUUGGACAACUGGUCUUGGUAUCAUGGCAGUACCUGAAUGCAGACAUCUCCUUUUAUCUGCAAGGUUGCAGGAUUCUUUUUGGUAUUGCUGCCGAGGGGUUGCAAAUCAUUUUGACUGCACUGACUGUCAGUGUACAAUGCAGCACCUCUUAGGUAUCUUGUUCAACCUGCAAACCCCAGUGCUGCCCUCUACUACAAAUGGACAAUUCACUAAAGGACACACAUACACAGCUGUGUAGCUUUUUGGUGAUGCAUUUUUCUCACUUAAGUUCCUAAUGCUACUAAUAAUGUACCAGCUACUGCUCAUAAGCAAAAGGCCACAGCAACACAUCUGAAAUUAACUUUAAUAUAAUUUUUGAUAAUAGAUUUAAACAUGAAAGAGGCUUAUUUCAGAGUAAAAUGCAAACUGGUAAUCCAUUUUCACCUCAUAUAAAAGAUCGCCUUUUUUACAACAUACAAGUCUUCAAUGGAUCUAAAACUAUUUUCUUACCUGCUACUGUCCAGUUGUUAUUUUAGAAUAACUGCAGAUUUAACUCUGUUGGUUAUGUGUACAAACAGGUUGAAAAACACUAAAAGUUAACUAGGAGCUCCUUACUUGUCAAAGUUUCAACUAAUCUUGAUAUUAGUUAAGUUGUGUAGCGAUGCUGUUGGCUCAUAUAUUCAGUGUUCUACCUUGUUUUAAAGGGGGUUUGUCCUGACUGUUAGUAGGUUACACUGUUGAAAUACAGUAGAAGGCUGACAGGUUUUGUAGGAAGAUAUCUUUUGAUGCUCUUGAACAAAGAUAGUGAGCUUUUUUUUUUUAUACAAAAACUGGACGUAGGAACCACCUUUCCGUUGCUGGAUUAUGUGCUUCUGUAAUAAUCCCUUCAGUAUAAAGGGCAUGUGUUUACUGUCUCUUUGUUCCUAAAAAACACUGUCAGUCUUAUUUUUUUUUCCUACUCAGCGUUAAUAGAUUUUUCUGACUUUGAAAGAUGUCCGUCCUUUCAAAACUAUUUUGGAGAAACUGAUUUUAGCGUCUUAUCUGAAAUCACAACAUUUACCUGUAAGUUUGUGAGAGUACUUAAGCACAUAAUUAAGAUUAAAACUGCAGCUGGUUGAUUAAAAAUAACUUUUCUCCCUAUAUCCACAGUAGUACAUGAGAAAGAUAAUCUUUGAAAAACAUCAUGUCCCUCCGCUUCCUAGUAGUGCCUCUAAUGGCAUUUGCAAGAAU